AUGGACGCCACCGCGAGGGAAGCGCAGAGUGGUCUGGAGUGGCGGGUGACGGUGCCGGAGGGCGCGUCGGUGACGGUGGAGUACGAGGCCGGCCUGGCCGGGAGGGCGUGGGCGUGGCUGAUGUCCUGCGUGGCCAUGCUCGGAGCCAAGGUCUCCGGCUUCGCGAAGAAGGUCUGGAAGAUCGGCGCCGACGAUCCCCGGAGGGCGGUGCACGGCCUCAAAGUGGGCUUGGCUCUCACCCUGGUCUCCGUCUUCUACUACACCCGGCCGCUGUACGAUGGCGUCGGCGGGGCUGCCAUGUGGGCCAUCAUGACAGUCGUGGUGGUCUUCGAGUAUACUGUUGGCGGAAGCGUGUACAAGGGGUUCAACAGAGCCGUCGCCACGGCGAGCGCUGGAUUGCUCGGGCUCGGCGUGAGCUGGGUGGCGAGCAAGUCCGGCGACAAGCUCGAGCCGAUCAUCACCACUGGCUCCCUCUUCCUGCUUGCUGCGGCGGCCACGUUCUCGCGGUUCAUCCCGACGGUGAAGGCGCGGUUCGACUACGGCGUGACCAUCUUCAUCCUCACCUACAGCCUGGUGGCCGUGUCCGGGUACCGCGUGGACGAACUGCUGGCGCUGGCGCAGCAGCGCCUCGUCACCGUGGCCAUCGGCAUCUUCAUCUGCCUCGCCGUCACCGUCCUCGUCUGGCCCGUGUGGGCCGGCCAGGAGCUGCACCUCCUCACCGUGCGCAACAUGGAGAAGCUCGCCGACUCCAUCGAGGCCUGCGUCGACGACUACUUCGCCGCCGACGCCGAGGAGGAGGAGAAGCGCGACCCCAAGGCCAGCAAGUCGGAGGGGUACAAGUGCGUGCUCAACUCCAAGGCGUCCGAGGACUCGCAGCGGAACCUGGCGCGGUGGGAGCCCGCGCACGGCAAGUUCGGCUUCCGCCACCCCUACGGCCAGUACCCCAAGCUCGGCACCGCCAUGCGCCACUGCGCCUACUGCGUCGAGACCCUGCACAGCUGCGUCGGCGCCGAGGUCCAGGCCCCCGAGCACGUCAAGCAGCUGCUCAGCGACGUGUGCACGAGGCUCGGCGCGGAGUGCGCGCGGGUGCUGAAGGAGGCGUCGCGGUCCAUCGCCGCCAUGACGGUGUCCCGGGAGCUGGACUUGGCAGUUGCCGAGAUGGGCACGGUGGUGCACGAGCUACAGGGCGACCUGCGGGACCUCCCGUUUAGCCUGGCCAAAGAACCAGGAGAGGCGUCGCUGAUCGACGCCAUGCCGCUCUUCACCAUGGCGUCACUGCUGACGGAGAUAUCGGCGAGGAUCGAGGCCGUCGUUGAGGCCGUCGAUACGAUGGCCAGCGUCGCAGGGUUCAAGCAGCCCGAAGAUGAUGACGAAAAAAAGGGAGAUGCUGAGUUGAAACUGAAAGUGCACCCAGUGAACGAGUCGGAUUCCGACGAGCCAUCUGAAAACAACAGGAGCAAAGCAACCGUCUGA